AUGUGGGGCUUGAAGGCGUCGUUCCUUCGAGAUAGCUCACUCCGGGCUCCUCACGAACGAGCUCCCUUGCAGCUCGGUGGCCUUCGGUGCGGCUUCCAGGAAUUUGUCCGUGAAGCGAGUAAGGAGGUCCGAUCCGCAGUUCCGUCACCCCACGAGGGGAACAGCCGGAGACCACCGAAGCGAAAGAGAGUAAGUGAUAAGAGGCAUGGAAAACUGGUGAGGGUCUGUCUGCUGAUUAAAAGUCAAAAAGUAAAGCUAGCAGCAGAGGAUGAAGAAGAAUUACCCCCCCAUCCCAAUUCUCCUGCAAGGCCAGAUGCUCCCCCACCGGUACCGGAUGAACCACUAUCAGUUCCUGACCCUGGGCCUCUAGGACCAGACCUGAAGUUUCUUAGCCCUUCCCACACCAGGACAGGUCUAGCCUAUACUCAAGAAGCAUUUGAUACUGGGGCCACGUAUAGCGUCCUCAAGGACCCCACUAUCCCCUAUCUUUCUUCAGAAACUACUCCCAUUGUUGGAGUCACAGACCGGGAGGAGGCUGCUCCAAAGACUCUUCCCCUCUCUGUUCAGCCCCCACAGGGACCUACUAUCUCACAUUCAUUUUUAGUAUUGCCUCAGUGCCCUUUAAAUCUUCUGGGAUGGGAUCUCCUUGGCAAACUGGGAGCAACUCUCAAGUGUUCACCCAAGGGAGUCACUCUUGAUAUCUCUCCUGGCCGAGCGGAUGUGUGCUUUUUGCAAGACCCUGAAGCACCCACAGAUUUUAAUCACCUCAAUAUUGAUCCCAAAGUUUGGUAUCAAGGCACACCAGGGCUGGCCCUUUUUGUCACCCCACAUCGGGCUCAACUUCUUCCUCAGGUGCAACCUGUGGCCAUUCGACAGUAUUCUAUUAAACUAGAGGCCCAUGUAGGCAUUAAGCCCCAAAUAGACUUAUUUCUAGAGAACGGCCUCCUUCACCAAGUCCAAUCUCCCUGGUCAACCCCAAUUUUUCCAGUCCCAAAGCCUGAUGGAUCCUGGAGAUUUGUUCAUGACCUUAGGGAAGUUAGCCAGAUACAGCCUCUUCAUCCUGUGGUAGCCAAUACAUACACUCUUUUGACCACCCUGUCCGGUGACCAAACGUGGUACACCAUCAUUGACCUCAAAGGUGCUUUCUUUUGCAUUCCAUUGGCCAGGAAAAGCCAACCCUAUUUUGCAUUUGAGUGGGAAGAUCUAGACAGUGGUCUAAAAUGUCAACUCACUUGGACCCGACUUCCCCAGGGCUAUCGCAAUAGCCCAACAGCAUUUGCCACCACCCUUGCUCAGGACUUGAGAGAUUUUUCAACAAAUGACACUACCCUCCUCCAGUAUGUGGACGACCUCCUAAUUGCAGGAAGAGACAGGGAGGGAACUAAGGAGGUGUCUGUUGCCCUCCUCAACCAUCUGGCAAGGAAGGGAUACGCAGUACCCCAGAAAAAGGUCCAAUGGGUCAAACAAGAAGUCCAAUAUUUGGGGUAUAUUCUCAAGAAAGGCAAGAGACUCCUCCACAUGAAUGGCCUGCAAACCAUUGCCUCUCUGAAGGCACCUGCCAAUAUAAAACAACUGAGAACUUUUUUGGGAAUUACCGGAUAUGCCCGGCUGUGGAUCCCCAUGUAUUCCCUGUUGGCCAAACCUCUCUAUCAGUUGACUCAGAAAGACAUGGCCUGGGACUGGACUGGGGAACACCAGAAGGUCUGGGAAGGCCUUAAGUGAGCCCUAGCCGCUGCAUCUGCCCUUGCCUUGCCAGAUCAAAGCCGAGGGUUCGACCUUUUCCUGACAGAACAAAAGGGAUGUGCCCUUGGGGUCCUGCUUCAGAAACUGGGGCCUGAAAAGGUACCAGUGGCCUACCUUUCCAAGGGCUUGGACAAUGUAGUUAAAGGUUGGCCCUCCUGCCUGCGAGCAGUCGCUGCCACUGCUAUACUGGACCAAGAAGCCCAGAAAAUCAUUCUAGGUGCUCCAUUAGCAGUGUACACCCUCCAUGCAGUUCGAACCCUGCUUGAACAAAAGUUACCUGCCUGGGCCACCUCUAACCAUGUUUUGCACUAUGCUAGCUUGAUUGUGGAACAGGAAAAUAUUAAACUCCACCGGUGUGAACACCUCAACCCUGCUACUCUCUUGCCUCUGCCCCCUGAGCCAGGCUCUGACCCCCAUGAAUGUUUUGAAGUAUUAGAGACAGUUGUUGGAAUUCACCCUCAUCUGCAAGCUGAACCUUUAGCAAACACUGGAGGGCAGUUUUGGACUGAUGGCUCAUCAUUCAUGAAAGAGGGGAAGAGGUUCACAGGCUUUGCAGUAGUUACUGAAGAUGGCCCAUUAUAUUUGCAGAAAUUGCCCUCCCAUUAUUCAGCCCAAGCUGCUGAGCUUCUAGCUCUGAUUAAGGCUUGUCACUUGGCUAAAGCGACAGCGAGUUAA